CAUGUCUUAUCUUUUUCAUAGAUUUUCAUUCACAAAAUGUUUAUAUAAACCCAUUCUUACAAACUCUUGUCCAUAACAACUCACUCUUUGUUUUUUCCUUUUAACAUUUGUUUCUUCAUAAUGUCUAAUAUUGCUGCCAAUCAUUUUCUCUAUCUCAGAAAGCAAUCCUAUGCAGUUGUAGCAAAAAGUGUAAGGAUUCAAGUGGCAAAGAGUAAUGUGGAGGUGGUUAAAGCAAAUGUGGGGAGUGAGUCAACUUCAGUGGGAAAUAGAGAUGGAAAAAUCUUUUGGAUGAAAGAUCCUAAGACUGGAAACUGGAUUCCAGAGAAUCACUUUGGGGAGGUUGAUGCUGCAGACCUCAGAAAUAAGUUUCUUCCCAAAAGAUCACAAAACCAGUGAGACAAUUUACUUGUAUGCUGUAUAAGUUAAAUAAAUUUGACCAAAAAAGUGUUUUAUAUGUAACACGUUGCUCUUUAGUUUA